CCCAGCCAUCAGCGCUUGGUCUUCUCCAACAUUUUUACUUUUUCACCCACUUGACGUCCUAAUCACUACGAAUUGUGCCGCCAUGGGAUACAAUAGCAGAGUCUCCGAAUCGGCUCUCAAGUCGGCCAACAAGCUUCGCCGGCGCGAGCUUUUUGUUCAGCACAAAAAGAACAAGGACAAGGAUCGCCGAGAAGAACGCCUUCGCCGAAGAAAGGAAGAAGAUCGUAAUCCCGAAUUGAAGGCCGCAAGAUUGUCGAAAAAUGUCACCAAAACUCUGGAUCAAAAGCGUGUCUGGGAUGAUGUCGAUGAUGACAGCCUAGGCGCCGUUGUGGAUGUUGAAAAGCUCAAGCGCAGACGCAUGGAAGAAGCUGAGGCAGAGGAACAGGCUGCUCUCGAUGCCGCAAACGGGGACGAUGAUGACGAUGAUGAUAACGACAGUAUGUUAGAAUCUGAUGAAGAGGGCGAAGAUGAUGAAAAGAAACAAGCUGCUUUGGAAAGACAGCGCGAGAAGAGGGCCAAGAGAGACAACAGCGUUGCGCCGUCCACAACGAGCACUAACCUCGAUCUGACCCCUACGUCUCUCGCCCUGAAAUUCCCUACAUUAUUUACCGAUAUUCCUCCUCCAACCCCCAAGAUUCUCAUCACAACGUCUCUCAACUCAACUCUUCACCAUGAGGCAGAACUUCUCUGUGGCCUGUUUCCCAACAGCAACUACAUCCGUCGAUCUGGUCACCGUUUCGGCCACAAAUAUUCUCUGAGAGAAAUUUGCAAAUUUUGCACAAACGCAGAUUACACCGCCGUCGUGCUGCUCAAAGAAGAUCUUAAAAAGCCUACGGGAUUAUCUAUUGUGCAUUUGCCUAGUGGUCCUACGUUCCAUUUUUCAAUCAGCAACUGGAUCGAGGGCAAGAAGCUUCCUGGCCACGGUAACCCAACCAACCACUACCCGGAACUUUUACUUAACAACUUUAAGACGCCUCUUGGUCUGCUGACAGCGAAAAUCUUCCAAACAAUGUUCCCACCCCAGCCUGAGUUCCAGGGUCGCCAGGUGAUUACCCUUCACAACCAGAGAGACUACAUCUUUGUUAGACGACACAGAUAUGUGUUCCGCAACAAGCGAGCAACCGAAAAGAGCAUUAUCGGUACUGAUGGCAAGGAACUUAAGGGUGUGGAAGAUAUCCGCGCCGGAUUACAGGAGCUUGGACCUAGAUUCACAUUGAAGCUUAGGCGUGUAGACAAGGGCAUCGGCCGCGCUGGAAGCGAAGGUCCCGAUGCCGCUCAGUGGGAGUGGAAAUCGAAGAUGGAGAAGGAUCGUAAGCGUUUCAACCUGUAAUAUGUACCUAGAUGUACCCUUAGCGAUAGCAUAUCUUUCAAUAUUUUCUGUUUAUUUCUGUCUCAGUCACUCUUGGUGAAUUAAAUUGUGAUUUUCAUGCAAAAUGGUGGCUUUUGACAAAUUCUUG